AUGGUUAAAUUACAACGUAUUCAACGUCCAAAAACUCAUCGUGGUAAACGUGCAUUAAAAGAACGUGAACCAAAAUUAAUUGAAAAUGCUCGUUCAUUAUUAUGUAUACGUGGUAAUAAAAUAAAUAAUAUAAUGAAAAUUUUAUUAAAAAAUCUUCAUCUACUUAAAUCACCAUAUUCAACAAUGUAUCAAAAAAAAAAUCUUGAUAUCUAUCCAUUUGAUAAUACAAGUAAAUUAGAAUGGUAUUGUCAAAAAUCUGAUUGUUCAUUAUUUGCAUACAUAACACAUAGUAAAAAACGACCAAAUAAUCUUAUUUUAGCACGUUUACAUAAUAAUAUUGUUAUGGAUAUGUUUGAAUUUGAAUUAAAUAAUCAAACAUUUCGUUCAUUAGAUGAUUUUAAAUGUAUUAAAUUUGCUCCUGGUAAUAAACCAUGUUUAAUAUUUCAUGGUGAAUUAUUUGAUAAUGAAUCUGAAUAUAAACGUUUAAAAUGUUUUUUUAUUGAUUUUUUUCGUGGUGAAACAAAUAUGAAAGAAAUUGAUCUUAAUGGACUUGAACAUGUUAUUACAUUUACACUUGAUAUACAAACAAAAUUAUUAUCUAUACGUGUUUUUCGUAUUGAAUUUAAAAAAUCUGGUCAUCGUAUACCAAGAAUUGAAUUAAAUGAAAUUGGACCACGUUUAGAUUUAAUUAUUCGUCGAACAAAAUUAGCAUCAGAUGAUUUUUAUAAAAAAACACUUAAACAACCAACAGCAAUUAAAGAGAAAAAAAUUAAAAAUGUAACAACAAAUGAAUUAGGUACAAAAAUGGGUCGAAUACAUAUGGAAAAACAAGAUUUUAAUCAAUUACAAACAAGAAAAAUGAAAGGUUUAAAACGUAAUUUAACAAUUGAUAAUGAACAAACACAAGGAAAAAGAAAAAAAAUUGAUUCAACUAAUUAA